AGCUUCUCCAUCGGGGGAGCAGUUCCGAAACCGGUUGCUUAAGCUUACAGCUAUUUCGCCAUUGAGCCAGUGAAUGAGUGUUAUAACUGAUAAAAUUCUUCUUGUAAUCAUCAUUCGUAACCAUCAUGUUCGCUCUGAGACGCACAAUGGCUACUAUGGCCCCUCAGGCUACGUCUAGCCUCAAGCAGGCCGGCAAGGUUGUCUGCAUCGGCCGCAACUUUGCGGAGCACAUUGCUGAGCUGAACAACACCAAACCCAAGCAGCCCUUCUUCUUCCUGAAACCUACGUCUUCCAUUGUCCUACCAGGCGAGGGUCCCGUCCUGAGGCCCAAGGGCAUUGACAUGCAUUAUGAGGUUGAGUUGGCUCUCGUAAUUGGAAAGCUCACCCGAGAUCUUCAGGCCUCUGAUACCCAGGGAGCUCUUGAUGCUAUCAAAGCUUACGCUAUCGCCAUUGACUUCACCGCCCGCAACGCCCAGAAUGAGGCCAAGAAGAAGGGUCUCCCAUGGGACAUCGCCAAAGGUUUCGAUACUUUCUUGCCUCUGAGCAACAUUAUCCCCAAGACUGCCAUUAAGGACCCUCACAAUGUUGAGCUCUUCCUCCAGCUCAACGGCGAGACCAAGCAACAGGGCUCAACCAACCUCAUGAUCUACCAGAUCCCUCGUAUCUUGAGCGACAUCUCCAAGGUUAUGACUCUCCACCCCGGCGAUAUUGUCCUUACUGGUACACCUGCCGGCGUUGGUCCUGCCGUGCCGGGUGAUGUUGUUCGAGCGGGUGUGAGGAUUGACGGAAAGGAGUUGGAGGAGGGUGCCAUUGAGAUCCCCGUGGAGGAAUCGCCAAGCUCAUAUAGUUUUGCCGAGACCUAAAGAUGAACAAGUUUAAGUGAGUUGUAUCUUAGUAAGAACUUUCGACAUGAGUGUGUAGAAUAUCAAGACAUGAGAGGUAUUUUUCUGCAACUACUACUACAUCACCACAUUUCAUACCCAUGCGCCGCCUCUUUGACCUUUUGAUACAAACUUUUGCUACAUUUUGAUGGAUCACGCCAGAUUAGGAUCCUGAAUAGUGCCCGGCUUCGGUGCCGCAUCAGCCAUAGUACCACACUUGGAACAAGUCCUCUUGUCCUCACUGCUCUUAAAGUCUUGAACCGCCACUUUAAUUUGAGUGCCAAGGUCGGUGCAAUGAAAUGCGGCCUCGUGAACAAUCUCACCACAGUCACCGCAGUACCAACGCAUACGAUCGAGUGAGUCCUUUGGACGACGCUGCUCUAGGACGACUCCAACCGUGUUCGCGAAGCGGACUGGGUUGUGCGGUGUGUUUCCAGGUAAGAGAAACAUAUCACCUUCACGGAUGAUGAUGUCACGGAAUUCCCCCUCGUCGACGACUUUGAGCAUCAUUGCACCUUUGUAUUGGUAGAACCACUCGGGAGUUUGAUUGAUGUGGUAGUCAGUGCGGGCAUUUGGACCACCAACGAUCUGAUGACAAUUGUUAGCCAUGUUCUCAACGUGAAGUAUAAGAGUAUUUGCAAAGCGUGAGUUACCAUGACACUGAAGUCUUCAUUGU